AUAUAUAUUUAAUUUUAAAGAAACACUUCCGUUGAAGCAAGCUGCGCCCGCCCUGAGGGAACGACAACGUCUAGCUGCGCUUUCUCAAGAUGGGAAAAACGAGAAGGCCGCUCACAGACUCACAGUGACAACUCAAAAGUCCUGAGGGAUCUCCAGAAUAGCUCCAUCACCCAAUCAAAGCGCAGUUCUCUCAUACUAAUUUCAUCGAGCAUUUGGACUGCAAUAUGAAAGGCAACAAAGCAUCGAUCUUAACAGCAGCUGAGAGAUGCAAGAAUAUAUUGGCGUCCAAUUGGCAAGGUAGACUCAACACCAUCAAAGCCGACGCCAAAGGAAGCAAGGCGGACAUCUACUCUUCGAAGGUUAAUUACAUGGUCAAGAGAGGGAAGCCGUACAUUUGGGUACCUGACAAUGAUUUGCAUAAUGUGAACACCAUCAUUGAUGAGCGUGGAUCAUUUUCUGUGGCCAGUCCCUACCCAGGUCCACUUGCAAACUUACUCAGAUCAAUGAAAAAGUUGCCAGCUCGUGUUGCUCUGACUGGGGAUGUGGUGCCUCUUAAAGACGAAAAGGUUCGGUUUGCUGAAGAAAGCCUUAGAGAAAUGAUAUUGUCUGAACAAAAAGCAAUAAGCGAGUUCAGUUAUUCAGUUUCUGGUAUAUUAAGUUCUUCAGGUCCUUCUUGUCCACUUCGAAGUGAAAACCUUCAGGAAUUACUGGAUGGAGGUGAACAACAUGUGAUUUAUAAGUUCAAUCUAAGCUCAUGCAUGUUUAUAGAUGGCAAUGGAGGUACUCAUGAAGUAAAUUUGGAGAAUUUCGAAGCAUCCAAGGCUGAUAUUUUAUCACCCUUUUCUGCAAAUAUAAUCAAUGGCAUUAAUCAAAGUGAAGUAAGGCGCAGAGCCCUACUGCUUUUUUGUUUUGUUUACAAGAAUGCAAACGCCAAGGAUGCCUACGUGCUCUCUAUCGAUCGGAAAGGAUUUGAUGUGCUGGGAAAGGUUCCUAGUCCACCGAUGAAGGAUGGAUUUGGUGAAUACCAAUGGAAGGAGUUCCGGUUCACGUUCAGGGAAGAGGCUCGCAGUGUUGAAGCAUUCUGCAGCCAACUUGUUGAGAUGGAAGAAGAGGCUCUGAAGAAUGUUUCAAGUUACAGUGGUCUGGGAUCAUAAUUUGCAAUAUCUCUAGGCAUUUUAUAGUUGUCUGUUCUAUGUAUUAUUUUUGGUUUCAAAAGCAAAAUAAUCCAACAAUUUCUCUCUAAAGUGCAGUUUAAUUUACUAUUGACUUUUAUGGUCUGACA